UUCAUAUAGAAAAGCAAGCAUUGCUUACAAUUAUGGCUACAGAAGCAACAAGGCAACAAUCCAUAAAUUAUGGAUGUAUGGUUCUUGGUAAAGACAAGGAAGUUGCACAUUAUGUAGAAAAACCAUCAACAUUCGUUUCAACCUUGAUCAAUUGUGGAGUCUAUCUUGCUUCCCCAGAUAUUUUUCAAACUAUGGCAGAUGCUUUUUAUGCUGGACAAAAUCAAGAAACUUUUACGCAAUUCAAUGGAAACGGUAGAGAUCCGGCUCAUAUAUCUCUUGAACAAGACAUAUUAACUCGAUUAGCUGGAACUGGUCGCUUAUUCGCAUUACCUGUAUUAAGAUGGUGGUCGCAAGUUAAAACAGCUGGUUCCGCGAUAUACGCUAAUCGUCAUUAUUUAGCUCUUUAUAAAGCAAAUCGUUCAAAUCGCCUUGCUUUUACAACAAAUGGACCUUGUCAAAUUAUUGGUGAUGUUUACAUUCAUCCAUCAGCUACAGUUCACCCAUCAGCAGUGCUAGGACCAAACGUAAGCAUAGGUCCAAACGCUAUUAUUGCACCAGGUGUUAGAAUAAGAGAAUCAAUCAUAUUAGCUAAUGCUCACAUUCAAGCACAUUCAGUUGUUCUUCAUAGUAUAGUAGGUAAAAGCAGUUAUGUAGGAGAAUGGGCACGAAUAGAAGGAACACCGUGCGACCCCAAUCCUGAUAAACCAUUCGCAAAAAUGGAGAAUUUGCCUUUGUUUAAUACAAAUGGGAAACUCAAUCCUUCUAUAACAAUUCUCGGCACGAGCGUACGCUUAGCAGCUGAGAAAAUUUUAUUGAAUUCCAUUGUCUUGCCGCACAAAGAGCUUACGAGAAAUUUUAAGAAUGAAAUUAUUCUUUGAACUGUUUGCGGUUAACAUAUUUGUAUCGACUGAAUUAUUUACAAGAUGAUACCUCCGUGCUAUUGCUUGAUGCCAUCGAGUUCUGACAUCAAGUUUUACUUUAUGAUUUUUAAAUUAUUAUUUUAUGCAAUCGUUAAUGAAGCACAAGCGUUUGUUACCUAAUAAGAGUCAGAAAAUAAUGCACAACGUAAAGACUCAUCAAUUAUUUGUACAGAAUAAAUGUUUUGUUGCUUGUAUCUAUGUACUUAUAUUAAAAGGAUUAUUAUAAAUAUUUUUCUCGUAAACAUGGAGAAUUCUUUUAAUAUUGUCCAAAAAAACUUUUGGUUUCUAUACUAUCGAGAUAAUUUAUGGCACAUUUUUAACAUAUUGUAAUAUUAAAAAACAUCUGUAUAUUCGCACAAAUGUGCAUACAGUAGAUAUGACAAAGAGACUGAAAUAUUGACUAUGUUAACUACUGCAAAAGAAAAAAUAUUUAUUUAUAUUUCCAUUGUUAAAUAAAUAUCGUUGAUCCAAAUAA